UAAUAUAUAUUUGUAGACUGGAUUUCUAUUUUAAUUGGUUUAUUGGGAUAUGUUUGUUUAAAAAUGACUAAAAUAGCAGAUAAUGUUAAUCCAAAUAUAUAUGAAAAGGAAUCUGAGCGGGAGGUGACGUCUAGAGACCUUGACGAGGAUGCCGUUGACGAGAUAGAUACUCGAGAAAUUUUCGACUUAAUUCGAAAUAUAAAUGACCCAGAACACCCUCUGACUCUUGAAGAGCUCAGAGUAGUAGAGGAGAAGAAUGUAUUCGUCGACAACAAGGAUAACAUGGUCCGAGUAUACUUCACACCAACUAUACCACACUGCAGCAUGGCUACUUUGAUAGGUCUGUCUAUUAGAGUGCAGCUGCUUCGAGCAUUACCAAGCCGAUUCAAAGUGACGGUGGAGGUGUCUGAGGGUACGCACAUGUCAGAACAUGCGGUCAACAAACAGCUAGCGGACAAGGAGAGAGUGGCCGCUGCUUUAGAGAACAACAACUUAGUGCAGAUCAUCAAUCAGUGUAUUGCAUAGGAAUUCAAACAUCUACUUAUGUUUGUGAGUGUCCCUGGGCUAUAGUAAUAUAUUUAAUUUCAU